AUGCAGAUGACACAAAGGUAUGGUGCACUUCUCUCCCUUCAUGUGAUUCUCUUUGUUAUGCUUUCUAGUACCACUUGCUGUAAAAUGAUCAUGGCUUUUGGUUUCACGAUUAAGCUAUGCUUGGAGUCUGCUCCUAAUGGCUGUGAUUAUCUUUUCACUGGGAGCCGUGAUGGGACAUUGAAGAGAUGGGCUUUGACUGAUAAUGAUGCUACCUUCUCGGCGACAUUUGAGUCACAUGUUGACUGGGUCAAUGAUGCAGUUCUGGCUGGGAACUCUCUUGUUUCAUGUUCUUCUGACACCACUGUGAAGAUAUGGAAUUGCUUGUCUGAUGGUGCUUGUACAAGAACACUUCGUCAACAUUCUGACUAUGUUAUUUGUCUUGCUGCAGCUGAAAAAAAUAGCAAUAUUGUUGCCUGGGGUCUUGGUGGGGAGGUCUUUAUAUGGGACAUUGAGGCAGCUCUUCUUCCAAUUGUUAAGUCUGUUGAUGCAACAGAAGAUGAAAUUUCAAAUGGAAACACUGGGAUUCCUAUGACAAAUUUACGCUGUAUCAAUGCAAGCAAUAGCCUAUCUGUGCAUAACGCACAAUCACAUGGAUAUAGUCCAAUUGCUGCAAACCAUAAGGAGUCAGUUUAUGCCCUUGCAAUGAAUGAUAGUGGAACCUUACUUGUUUCAGGUGGAACUGAAAAGGUUGUUCGUGUUUUGGGAUCCAAGACUGGUGCAAAGAAUAUGAAGCUAAGAGGGCACACUGAUAACAUCAGGGCAUUGCUUCUUGAUUCAACUGGAAGGUUUUGCUUAUCGGGGUCAUCUGACUCAAUGAUUCGUCUAUGGGAUCUUGGCCAGCAGCGUUGUGUACAUUCAUAUGCUGUGCAUACAGACUCCGUCUGGGCACUUGCCAGCACUCCAUCUUUCACACAUGUUUACAGUGGUGGAAGGGACCUUUCUCUGUACCUGACAGACUUAUCAACAAGAGAGAGCAUUUUGCUUUGCAUGAAAGAACAUCCAAUUCUACAAAUGGCCUUACAAGAUGACAGUAUGUGGGUUGCAACAACAGCUUCUGUAAAUAAAUGGCCAGCUGAAGGGCGUCAUCCUCAGAAGGUUUUUCAAGAGUGGUUCAUCUUAGCUGGGAAUUUGUCUUUCACAAGGGCAAGGGCUUCUUUAGAAGGAUCUGCUCCUGUUCCUGUAUACCAAGAACCAUCUUUCACUAUACCUGGAACUCCAGGAAUUGUACAACAUGAAAUCUUGAAUGAUAGAAGGCAUGUCUUGACUAAGGACACAGCAGGUUUGGUUAAGCUGUGGGAGAUUACCAGGGGAGUUGUAACUGAGAAUUAUGGCAAGGUUUCUUUUGAGAAAAAGAAGGAAGAACUAUUUGAAAUGGUGAGUGUACCUGCAUGGUUUACGAUGGACACUCGGCUUGGAAGCUUGUCUGUCCACUUGGAUACUCCUCAAUGCUUUUCUGCGGAGAUGUAUGCUGUGGACUUGAAUAUAUUAGGCGCACCUGAAGAUCUCAAGGUAAAUAUACUAUGUUCUUUUAUUUUUUCAAUUUACACGAUUUAACUUCCCAAACACCUAAAAUAGGAGGUGGAGAAUAUAUCUGUUACUUGUUUAGAAAAAAUGUUUAUGAACAUGAGAAUUUGGAAUGAGUGUCAAAAAUGUUAUGUUGGACAUCUUCCAUGAUUGUGCACCUAUAACAAGAAUUUUGCUGAGGCAUUUGGUUCAUGAUCUACUUUUGGAGGUCAUACUGUACGUCCAGCUAAUUAACUUUUGAUGAUUUCCCUAAAUGAAGGAAUUUGCUUCAUUAGAUACAUCUUUAAAAUUCAAUUAUCAACUGAGAUAGUGGAAUAUCAUUAUGUAGUUGAAACUUCAUAAAUUAUUGCUUGGUGGAAUCAAAAGGAAACUA